AUGAAUCCACCCCUCAAACAAAAUGGGAUUCGAGAGUUCCUAAAGCUCCAUAGCAUUGAUAUCAUGGCUAUUUUGGAAACGAAGGUGGGAGACCAUAAGUUGAUAAGAAUAUUGAGGAACAAGUUCAAUGGCUUUAUGCAUGUAAACAACUUUGAUACUCAUAGAGGUGGACGUAUAUUGAUUUUGUGGAAUCCAUCCAAAGUCAUUUUGGAUGUGAUGGAGGUUCAUCCACAAAUCAUACAUUGCAAAGCUACAUGCAAGGUAACUUCUCUUGAUUUUCUUGUUAUUUUUGUAUAUGGGUUUCAUACUAUGGUAAACCGAAAGCCUCUUUGGAAUACCGUUAUGGAGCUUAAUGAAAAUGUUUCUUUACCUUGGUUGAUUGUGGGAGAUUUCAACAAUGUGCUCAAGUUUGAUGAGAGAUGCAAUGGGUCGGAUGUGACCCCGUACGAAAUCAAAGAUCUCGCAUCUUGUUGCCUCAAUGUGGGUCUCUCGGAUGUCCGGUCCAUUGGUUAUUUUUUCACAUGGACGGAUGGGACGAGGUGGAGUAAAAUUGACAGGGCUAUGGUGAAUGAUGUGUGGAUACAAAAGGGGGUUGAUGUGGAAGCAAAUUUCCUCCCCUCCGGAUGUCUAUCCGAUCAUUCCCCGUGCAUUGUAUCCUUUCUUGAUUGUGGGAGAAGAGGAAAAAGUCCCUUUAAGUUCUUUAACAGGUGGACCAAGCAUGUGGAUUUCAAUGACUUGGUUAUGGGUUGCUGGAAUUCUCACUUCCGAGGGAAUAAACAAUUCGUUCUUUGCAAGAAGUUGAGCAAAUUGAAGGGGGAUUUGAAAGUUCUUAAUUCCAAGCAUUUUGGGCAUAUUUCUAGUAGAGCAUCCGAGGCAAAAUGUGAGUUAGUUGCUACCCAAUUACAACUCCAAAAUCAGCCUACUAAUUCUGUUUUUAAGAAUUUGGUAGCUAAUAUGAGGAAGAGAACCGUUGCAUUAUGUGAAGCCGAACGUAGUUUUUACUACCAAAAGGCUAAAUGUAUUUUCCUCAAGGAUAGUGACAAAUGUACUAAAUUCUUUCACUCCAUUGUCAAAAGAAACUCGAAAAGAAAUUUUAUUGCUUCAAUUCUUAAGGGCGACGGGAGUUAUUCCACAUCACAAGAGGAAGUGGCCACCGAAUUUGUGCAAUUUUACACCGACUUGCUGGGGAAAAAAGAGGUCGUUCGGCCUAUUGAAUUCAACAUCCUUUCAAAUGGACAUCUCCUUGGAUGA